AUGCUCUUGCAACAAGAUUCUACUGAUUUUGUGUACAAUAAUACGAAUUAUUUCGAAAUUUUACAAAAGGAUUUGAGAGCUAUUGACAUUUUGCGCAAAAGAUACAAAAUUCUUUCAAAAUUUAAUCAUGUGAUUAGAGAAGUGGAAGAGUGUGCAGCAAUGAUUAAGGCGAAAGUUGCAUUGUCGACAUUACAACGAGAUGUCAUCUUGUCUGAUCCAAACGAGAGCACAGUUGGGGAUUUGCAAAGGCCAAUCUUAAAUGGAACGCAACAACAAGAAGAGAAUUUGGAUCGGCAAGAAACCAAUUUCUUGCUCUUCGAGGACAUGGUAUCCGCAAAUUUACUUUCCUCGGAUGACCUUAAUAAUGUGUUCGACUUUGAAUAA